AUGAAGCUUCUGCUCACCAUCGUCAUCGCGCUGGCGGCAAGAAGGUCGUACUCGUCGAGCAUUCCAGACGUCUCGAAAAUCAGCGGCGUCGAUUUGGUCGAGUACGUCAAUCGAAUCCAAGACGAUUUCGUCGUCGGCCUCGUCAACGCCACCAUCGACGAGAUGCGAACGAAGGUGAUGUUGAGUCGGUACGCCGACGCGCAUUCCGACGAGACGCUCGCCGGCGCCGUCGACGACGUCGCCGACGCGAUUCCCGACGCGUUCGACGCUCGUGAACACUUGCCGAAUUGCGCGUCGAUUCGCCUCAUACGCGAUCAGACGAAUUGCGGCGCGUGUUGGGCGUUCGCCGCCGCCGAGGUGAUGUCGGAUCGCGUUUGUAUUGCGACGCGCGGCGCGCGACAACCGAUUUUGUCGGCCGAGGACGCGCUCGCGUGCUGCGGACAAUCGUGCGGUUUGGGCUGCUCGGGCGGUUAUCUCAUCAAAGCGUUGGAGUUCUUCAAUCGACGCGGCGUCGUCACCGGCGGCGACUAUCUGGGAGGCGGCUGCAAGCCGUACACUGUGCCGCCGUGCGAUCACGCUCACUGCAAGCCGGCCGAGACUCCGCAGUGCCACGAGACGUGCCAAUCGGGAUACUCGAAGUCCUUCUCCGACGACAAGCACUUUGGAAAAUCGGCCUACGCUGUCGCCAAGACCGUCGCCGCCAUUCAGACGGAGAUCAUGACCAAUGGACCGGUUAGCGCGGCGAUCACCGUCCAUGAGGACUUUUACAAGUAUAAAAGCGGAGUAUACCAUCAUGUCGCUGGCCCCGACCUUGGUGGCCACGCCAUCAAAAUCAUUGGAUGGGGAAGCGAGAAUGGCAAUGAUUAUUGGCUCGCCGCCAACUCGUGGGGAUCCGGUUGGGGAGAGGACGGCUUCUUUCGAUUCCGACGCGGCGUGGACGAAUGUGGCAUCGAGAGCGGCGUUGUUGCCGGUCUCGUCUAG